UGAAGCCACAAGUUGAGAUAUCUGCAUGUGGACUGCCUUAAUGAAGGGAUAUGGAAUGCAUGGUUUUGGCGAUGAAGCUUUGAAACUCUUUGCAGACAUGGAGAGAUUUGGUAUUAACCCAAAUGACAUCACAUUUAUCGGUCUCCUAAAUGCUUGUAGUCAUGUUGGAUUGGUUGCAGAAGGGAAGAGGAUUUUCAAGGAAAUGGUUCAUGAAUACGGUCUGGUCCCAAAGAUUGAGCAUUAUGGGUGCAUGGUAGAUCUUCUUGGUAGAGCAGGACUGCUUCACGAAGCUCAUGAGAUGAUUAAAGCCAUGCCCAUAAGGCCUAACACUAUUGUAUGGGGCGCUUUGCUUGCUGCAUGUAAGCUACAUAAGAAUCCCUACAUGGGGGAAAUGGCAGCCACGGAGCUUCUUGAAAUGGAACCACGAACCUGUGGUUACAAUAUCUUGACUUCAAACUUAUAUGCAGCAUCAAAUAGAUGGAAUGAUGUUGCAGGGGUGAGAAGAGAUAUGCAGGAUUUAGGAGUGAGGAAAGAACCUGGUUGCAGUUUGAUUGAAGUAAAUGGUUCACUUCAUCAGUUCAUAAUGGGAGACAGAGCACACCCACAAAUUGGAAAUAUUAAAGAUAUGCUAUCAGAGAUGAGCAAUAAACUUAAGGAGGCUGACUACACCUAAAACUUCAGUUGUCUCGCAAU